ACUCCAGGGGGCUGAGAUCAGAACCCGACCCUGCCCCCCGUGCAGUCAGGUGUGACUCCGGAUCGACCCUGGGAUAGCAGAGAUCAGAACCCGGUGCUGUCCCCACUGCAAUCAGGGGUGACAAUGGAUCGACCCCAGGGGGCUGAGAUCAGAACCCGACCCUGCCCCCUGUGCAGUCAGGGGUGACUCCGGAUCGACCCUGGGAUAGCAGAGAUCAGAACCCGGUGCUGUCCCCACUGCAGUCAGGGGUGACUCCAGAUCGAUCCCCGGGAAGCUGCGCUUGAGUCUGGGCGUGCACCCCCUCCCGCGCCGUGCUGGGGGCUCAUCCCCGCUGUCCCGGCGUGUCACUUCCCCUCCCUAAAUCCCUCCCAGUUCGUUAGCAUCCUUUGAGCUGCCAAAAGCCCCUGACCCCUGCCAGCUUGGCUGUAGGACGCCUGGGUCCCGUUGCCAGAGGCGGAGGGGUGGGGGGAGCUUUGCCACGGCUCCUUAAGCCCAUUAACCUGCCUGUCUAAUUCCCCCGUCUCCGGGGAGACGGGCACCCUCCGCCCAUCACCAGGGGAUUUGGGAAAUCAAGGCGGACGGGACAGUAGCGGGGGGGGGGGGUGGCGAGAAAAAGAAAAGUCCCAGCUGCUUGCCGAGCCAAGCGGCCGCGGGCACAGAUUGUCCGGGCGCCUCCGUGGGAGGAAGGCUGGGGCCGGUGGCGAGGGUCCGGCGGGUGCCGGGAUGCGGCUGGCCUGGGCUCUCCUCUGGGCCCUCUGCUGGGUGCCCGGCGGCAGGGGGGAGUAUGCCCUGCCCAAGUUCGUCUGCAGCCCCAUGCCCCUGGAGCCGGAGACGGGCUGCCAGCAGGCCCCGCAGCCGCGGGCCGGGGGGCACUGGGCGGGCACGCUGGAGGAGGCCAAAGAGACCAUCCUGCACCUGCGGGAGACGGUGGUGCACCAGAAGGAGACCAUCCUGGACCAGCGGGAGACGGUGCGGGAGCUGACGGCCAAGCUGAGCCGGUGCGAGGGCCGGGCGGGCGGGGAGCCCGGGCUGGACGGGCACGAGGACAACCUGAGCCACGGGCACCGGGAGGGGGCCGGCCGGGAGAACGAGUACCCCCACUUCGGGCACCGCGAGCACCCCGAGUCCCUGGGUGGUGCCGGGAGCGAGGCCGCCUUCCGCAAGGCCAGCGCCACCCCCAACACCAUGGAGGACCCCCCCCGGGAGGUGCCCGCCGGCCCCCCCCAGCUGGAGCGCAUGCUGGAGUCGCUCAAGGAGAGGCUGGAGCACCUCCAGCGCAGCCGCAACAGUUCCCUGUUCUCCAUCUCCCUGCGUGACGCCCUGCAGAAGAAAAUCAGCAUUUUGGAGCAUCAGAUCCAAGAGAAACUCAACGCCACCAAGCACCAUGACCACAGCCACGAGGAGCCGCACCAUGGCCACGGGGAGCCGCACCACGGUCACGAGGAGCUGCGGUGGCACAAGAACAGGGUCCACGGGCCUCAUGAGAAGGGGCACAAGGCGGAGAAGCCAGACGAGGUUUUCCGUGUGGGCUUCCCCCUCCGCACCAACUACAUGUACGUCAAGGUGAAGAGGACACUGCAUCACGAGAUCUUCGCCUUCACUGUCUGCCUCUGGCUCAAGUCCAGCUCGGCGCCUGGUGUUGGCACCCCCUUCUCCUACUCCGUGCCUGGCCAGGCCAACGAGCUGGUGCUCAUUGAGUGGGGCAAUAACCCCAUGGAGCUGCUCAUCAAUGACAAGGCUGCCACCUUGCCCCUGGCCAUCCACGACGCCAAGUGGCACCACAUCUGCGUGACCUGGUCGACGCGGGACGGCGUCUGGGAGAGCUACCAGGACGGGGUGCGACGGGGCAGCGGCGAGAACCUGGCCCCCUGGCACCCCAUCAAGCCAGGGGGCAUCUUCAUCCUGGGGCAGGAGCAGGACACGCUGGGCGGCCGGUUCGAUGCCACGCAGGCCUUCAUCGGGGAGCUGGCCGACUUCCACGUGUGGAGCCACGUCCUGGCGCCGGGCGAGGUCUACAGGCUGGCCACCUGCGCCGGCCACGCCCACGGGGACAUUGUGGCCUGGGCUGAGGGCACCAUGGAGCUGCACGGGGGGGUGGCCAAGCUGCCCUUCAAUGCCUGCCACUGAGCCCUGGCCCACAGGGGGCUGGAGGCCCGGAUGCCUGGGUUCUCUUCAGCUCAGGAAGAGGAGUGGGGGCUAGUGAUGACAGCGGGGGAAGAACGGGGGGCUGGAAGCCAGGGCUCCUGGGUUCUAUCCUUGCCUUUGGGAGAGAGGGGAGUGGAGUCUAGUUGUGUGAGGGGCUGGGAGGACGCCUGGGUUCUUUCCCCAAGUCUGGGAGAGGAGUGGGGUCUAGUGGUUAGAGCAGGGGGGCUGGGAGACCCCCUUCCUCUCCUGUUGUAUACAGCUGUGGCUGUUGGCCUGGGGCUGGCGGUACAUACGCGGUGUCCCGUGUCGUGUAGCUCGGCGCUGUUUUAUGUAGGAUUCGAUGCUAUUUUCUUCCUCGGAAAGGACAGAAUAAACCUGCCAAGGGAGCAGCAGCUGCCCCAGCGCUGUGAGUCAGUGCUUUGUCUGAGUGCGCCAAAUACCCAACACGCCCCACCCCAGAAGUGGCCGCAUCCCACCAGCGGGCAAGGGGUCCCCCAGUGUUCCCUCUACUUUUUUACCUCAAUCUGCAGAAUGAACUACAAAACUCAUGCGGCACGGGUGGGCCUGAAGGGUUUGGAGCAUGGUGGGAGGCUCAGGGCUGGGGCAGAGGGUUGGAGUGUGUGGGGGGUGCAGGCUCUGGGGUGGGGCCAGGGAUGAAGGGGUUGGGGUGCAGGAGGGAGCUCAGGGCUGAGUGGUGCAGGCUCCAGGAGCGAGUUUAGGUGAAGGAGGGGGCUCCAGGCUGGAGCCGGGGGUUAGGUGGGGCGUGAAGGCUCCAGUUGGGGGUGCAGGAUUUGGGGUGGGGCCGGAGAUGAGGGGUUUGGGGUGUAGGAGGGGCCUCAGGGCUGGGGGUGUGUGAGGGCUCCAGCGGGGACUGCAGACUCUGUGGUGGGGCCAGGGAUGAGGGAUUUGGGGUGCAGGCUGCCCCAAGGAGAGAGGACUCCCCCCAGCCCUGUCUCGCCACAACAGCUGAGGGCCGGGGAGAGGCCCUUGAGAGUCUGCUGCCCGCGCAGCUUAGAGGGAACGUAGGUCCCUGGCUAAAGAGCCCCACGCCCCAGCACCCGGCCCCCGCCGCUGGCUGGAGGCAGGGGGGACGGACAGAGGUCAGCCAAGCUCAUGGUGCCACGGGGUGCUCAAAUCCUGAAGCCACCUGCAUCAUCCAGCCCCCCAGCUCAGUGUAAUAGAACCCAGGAGUCCUGGCUCCCCGCCACCCCCCUGCUCUAGCCACUAGGCCCCACUCCCCUCCCAGAGCCAGGAUAGAACCCAGGAGGCCUGGCUCCCAGCCCCAAACAGGGUUUAAGCUGCUGCUGGUGCCAGGCCAGU